AUGAACAAGUGCAAGGAGCAAUUCUGGUGCAAACCACACUCAAACAUUGAAGUUUUGAUGGAAAAUUCUUCGCUUCCGAUGAGAACAAGUUGUGCAUCUGGAUGCUCACCAAAAUGGAAAACUUUUGACCUUAACAGCAAUAUUUUGGAUGAUAAAGUUCGAGCUGGUUCAUUUUCACCAGGCAUUAGUUCAUUUAUUGGAAGAACUUUAGUCAACGGUGAACUUCAAAUUGGCAGAAUUCAAAUUUCACAUCCAGCUGGGUUGUAUUAUUCUCUUGAUGGAUCUGUAAGGUUCACAAACUCAUCAAUUGAUUAUUUAGAAAAUUCAAAUUUUAUUUGGAAAAAUUCAUCGCAUGGAGCUUUAGUUAAAGAGGCUGUUACUGUACAAGCUACAAGGAAUCUGCCGUUUUAUAUUGGUAGGCAUCAAGUUGAUGGUCUCAGUUAUGUAGGAACGGUUGUUAGGGUUCUUGGGCUAAUGUAUUAUGGCGAUGAGAAUGGAAUUGAAAGGACGACUGAUUGCUAUGAAGUGCUGACAUGUCAAAAUGUUAAUGAUAGUGAUUUAGACGCUCGUCCAUCUGGUAGUGCUGAAAAUGCAGAAUUUAAUAAUUCAGAAUACACUGAAAGCAUUGAAAAUGAAUCCACAGCAUCAUCAAUAGCUACAACUACUGAAUCAGCUCAAAAUUCGGUCCAUCGACCAAUAAUUUAUCCUUCAGAUCAUUCAGGUUUAUCUGGAAUUAAUACAACAAUUAUUUUAUCAAGCUUCCUUGAAAAUUCAUCACAAAAUCCGCAUAUUGAGAACCAGACUAUCAUUCAAGACAUUAAUAACAGCAAUGGAUAUAGCUACCAUCCUCCAUCCUUACCAUUUUCAUCAUCAACAUCUAAUGAGCACUCCCAAGAUAAUUUCAGCACAAUUGCAUCAAUCACAAGUCAAACUAUAAGCACAGAAAGCUCAAACAUAUUAACUGAAGCAGCCACAGCUUCAGCUUUCUCAAAACCACCAACCACAGCAUUGACAUUCAUGCAAUCAAACUCAACUGUAUCAUCAUACACAUCUCAAACUGCAUCUCCAACGAACAUUACAAAGCCACCAGAAACUGCUCUAAUUUCGAUGCAUUCAUGGACACAAGCACCUCCAUUAUCGUAUAAUGAAAUUUUAUCAACCACUCUUGUGCCACAAAUGAGUUCAAUAAGUUCAUCAACAGCCACAACAACGAAUGCUGAAGUUAAUGAAAAUGAAGAAAGCUUAAGUGAAAAUGCUAGUGGAAUUGGAGGUGAUUUUGGGAUGAAUACUGAUGAGGAAUCGACCUUAAGUCCAAUUGACAGUGGCAAUGAGGAGAAUUUACAUCAAAUUACUGGUAAUUUAGUUCAAAGUGUGGUUGAAAAUGAAGGAGAUGUAGAGGAACUUGAUAUUGGUUCGAAUUACAGUCAAGCUACAUCAACUGAGGGAAUUGUAGAUAGAUUUGAACUUAAUAAUACUCAUGCAAUUGAAAAUGUUGCUGGCAAUUCAGUAAUACAAAUUAUUCAACAUCCAGAAGCUCAAAAUACGGAAAAUCCAUCAAUAAUGUCAAUAUCAAUCACCAAUCCAACAAUUGCACAGACAACAACAGUAAAAUCCACAAGAAGAACAACAACAAAAGCUUCAAACUCUUCCUUGACAUCCACAGAGAUGAAUUUCAUUUUCACAUCAACUGAAGCUAAUGACUUGACAUCUGAAAAUAAUACAACAAUGACUCCAAAAUUUAAUGAGUCUGCAUCUCCAGUCUUAAUAUCAUUGGGUUCUUCUGGAUCUAGUGAGUCAGUAACAAGUAGCUACAGUGUUCAUACUACAGAUAUCGUGGAUAUUCCAGGUCAUGUUCAUCUGACUGAUACUCAAAUAACUAUGAUGCCGGCAAUUCCUCAAGCUCAUACCACGGCAACUACUAAAUCACCCCAAGUUUUCACAACUUCUACCUCUAAAGUUACUGAAACAAUGUCAGAGACAUUAAAACCUGAUCUAGUAAAUCAAAAUACUUCAACAACUGCAUCAGUCUCAAUAGCAUCACCAACAACACCAAGUAAUCUUCAAGAAUCAAACUUAUCAUCGAUAUUUCUCACCUCAGAAGAUCAUAAAGAAGCAUCAAUACCUACAACAACCACAAAAGUUGAGGAAUCUACACAAACAAUCUCUUCUAGACCAACACCUUCAAAAUAUACAACCAGAUCGACGACAUCUAGAACCACAAGAACUAAGUUGACCAGAAGAACAACUACAAAAAGAACUCCAAUAGAAAUAGCAAUAGAACUUCAAAAUGAGGGCAAUUCUAAACCUGGAUGGUUGUUUACUACAUCAGGAACAACAGAAAGUGUGAAUAAAAAUCAAAUGAGUGUCGAUAGUACCGAUACUGGAGGAGAUACCAGCACAGAAGAGUUUGUAGUAAAUGAAGAUAAGGAAAUGUUUGAGUGUGUUCCUCAUUGGAAACAACUACCGGCAAAGCCAUCAUUCUUAUUCGAUGGCAUCGAAAUCACUUCACAAAACGCAAAUUUCCUCUCUCAUAUUGGCAAAAUAAACAUCAGCAACUCAUACAUCCUCGGCAAAAUUGAUAUAAAUCCUCAAAAUUUGCCAGCAUUCUCAUUUAGCUUCAAUAAUUCAAACCAAGUGUCAACAACAAACACAAUAAGUUAUUUAUCGAAAACACAACUUCAAAACUUUUCAUGGAAAAUUUCAUCCAAAGGACUUGCUGUAAAAAAUGCAAUUUCGAUCAAUCAAACAGGAAAUUGGCCUUACUAUAUCGGAAGAAUUAAGAGCAAUGGAGUGAUUUUAAUUGGAAAAGUUUUACCAUCAAUCGGACUAGUUUAUGCUGACAAGUAUGGAAAUGAAAAGAUUACAAAAGCUUAUGAAGUGCUGACUUGUGAGACUGUGGUUGAUGAGGUUUUGGGUUGUGAGGUUAAAAAUUGA